AUGCUUUCCAGGGGAAGAAGGAUCUACAAGGUACAGAAAGAGCUUCUUGGUUACAACCAUCGCAAAUCCGUCGUCCUCAGUGCUGAAAAUGUCAGUCCCCGCACCCCUCCUGAUGGGGCCGGUCCUGCCUCCCCCAAUAAGCAUGUCGUCGUCGUAGGCGCCGGUGUCAUCGGCCUGACAACAGCUUUGCUUCUGUCAGAGCUGCCUGGCUACAGCGUCAUUGUCAUGGCAAAGCACAUGCCUGGUGACAUUGAUAUCGAAUAUGCAUCGCCUAUGGCCGGUGCAUGCUUCAUGCCCUUUUCUGCUCCUGGCACCGAUAACGCAUCGUGGGAUGGCUCCAGCUGGUAUCAGUUUAAAAACCUGGCACUCAAUCAUCCCGAGGCUGGUGUCUCUUUUCAAGAGGCUGAAGUUCGGCUGCGGGAGGAAGACUUGAACCAUCUUCCUCACAAGUGUGCCGAAUACUCACUCCUCAUGUCUAGUUCUUACGCACCCCCAUGCACAAAAAUCCCCCCCGGGAUAGUCCAGACAACGACUUUCAAAACCCUUGUCAUCAAUCCCUCCGUCUACCUCGCCUGGCUUGUUGCCAGAUGUAUUGAAAGGGGAGUUGUUUUCCAACGCAAGAAAUUUGAGCACAUCAUCGAAGUUAAGCUGUCUCUCCCUCAUGAUUCAGUUUUUGCCAUAGUCAACUGCACCGGCCUAGGAGCAGCAUCGCUUGGAGGUGUCGACGAUCUUAACGUCAUCCCAACUCUUCAACAGUUCGUCGUUGUCAGUAAUGAAGCGUCUAAGUUGAUUUUUACCUCUGGAUCUUCAAAGACCGGUGAUGAGAUGUGCUCUGUCAUGAAUCGCCCUGCAGGUGGUGGUACCAUCCUUGCAGGCCCUUGGCAUUUGAGCCACUGGUACCCUCAGGUAGACCCGAAUGCUGCCAUUCGCAUCAUGGAACAGGCUCUUGAGUUGGACCCCUCCUUAAAUGUCGAUGGCAAAGGCAUUGGAGGCCUCAAUAUUAUGAGUCACGAGAUUGGUAUUACCGCUAGCCGCCCAUUGGGAACCCGGGUCCAGAUGGAGACUCUCUUCGACACCUGGCUCAUUCACAACUACGGCCAUGGAGCUGCUGGAUUUCAGAAUUCCUUUGGCGCUGCCUCAGCUUGCGUCAAUUUCAUUAACAACAAUCGGGAUAUUGACCCCUUGACUCAAGUCUAA